AUGGCAGCUACCGUGGGACCCCUCCCGCAGGUGAAGCUGCCCUCGGGCCCGUCCCCCGUGACGGCCGAGCAGCGCUACUGGAAGUCCUUCAAGAACCAGCUCCAGAUCCCCUCGCCAACCUCGUACCCAAUCACCCACAUCUCGUCGACCUCCUCCGAUGGCCUCUUCGCCGUCACCACCGGCACCCGUGUCCAGCUCUACUCCUCCCGCACCCGCAAGCUCGAAAAGACAAUCACCCGCUUCGCCGACGUCGCCCGCUCCGGCUCCCUGCGCCGCGACGGCCGCGUCCUCGUCGCCGCCGAAGAUACAGGCCGCAUGCAGGUUUUCGACACCCACUCCCGCUCCAUCCUCAAGACGUGGACGAAGCACCGCCAGCCCGUCUGGGCCACGCGCUUCUCGGGCUCCCAGCCCACCACCUUGCUCUCCGCCUCCGACGACAAGACGGUCCGCCUCUGGGACCUCACGGCCAACGACCCGCUCAACACCUUCGUGGGACACUCCGACUACGUCCGCUGCGCAGAGUUCUUCCCGGCCACCUCCCCGUCGGGCGCCGGCAACGUCAUCGUCUCGGGCUCCUACGACUCUACCGUCAAGAUCUGGGACCCGAGAAUAGGCUCCAACGCCGCCGUCAUGACCUUCAAGCACGCCGCCCCCGUCGAGUCCGUCCUUCCCCUCUCCUCCGGCACCACCCUCCUCGCCGCCUCGGGCCCCCAGGUCUCCGUCCUCGACCUCGUCGCCGCCCGCCCCAUCCACCAGAUCGCCAACCACCAAAAGACCGUCACCUCCCUCAGCCUCGCCUCCAACGGCACCCGCCUCGUCACCGGCGGCCUCGACGGCCACGUAAAGGUCUUCGAGACCACCGGUUGGAACGUCGUCUCCUCGACAAAGUACCCCUCCCCCAUCCUCUCCCUCCGCGUCCUCCCGGCCUCCGAUGCGCUCGACAGCGCGGACCGCCACCUCGUCGUGGGCAUGCAAUCCGGCGUCCUCUCCAUCCGCACCCGCCUCACGGGCCCCGAAGCCACCCGCCAAAAGGAGCGCGACCGCGAAAUGGCCGCCCUCCUCGCCGGCACCCUCGACGAGCACGACAAGGCCGCGAAAAGCAAGAAGCGCAAAGCCUCGGCCAUGCGCCGCCUCGAGAGCCUGGGCGAGGGCCAGGCCGAGGUUAUCGUCGCGCAGGACGCGCGCACCAGCGCGCCCAAGGAGAAGGCGUGGGAGAAGGCCCUGCGCCACGGGCGGUACGCGAGCGCGCUGGACCAGGCGCUCGAUCCGCGCGGGAAAGAUCACUCGCCGCUCGGCGUUCUGACGCUGCUUCUCGCGCUGCGGCACCGGUCUGCUGUGCGGGAUGCGCUUGAGGGGCGCGAUGAGAGGACGGUACAGCCGGUGCUCAAGUGGACGUGCGAUCACAUUAUCGAUCCGCGGUACGUGAGCAUUUGCGUCGAGGUCGGCAUGGUGCUCGUGGAGCUGUAUGCGCAGUAUGCUGGUGACAGUGCCGAGCUGUUUGAGGGGUUCAAGGCUCUCAAGAGGAAGGUCACGAAUGAGGUUGAUCGCGCGCAGACGGCGUCUUCUGUGGGCGGUAUGGUGGAGAGUUUGAUUCUGGGCUCUGCUUGA